CAUUCCGUGUGUGUGUUAUACGAAAGUGACGAAUUAGUUUUUAAUUGACAAAAUUUUUCAAUCUAUGAAAAUUCUUGCAGCAUUUUUGCUAAAUAAAAAACUCGAAAUUUGUUAAAACUAAUAUCGAAGUAAAUUGAGAAAAAAAUUCAUUACAAAACCUUUCAAAAACUAAACAAAAAUGGCAGAAGGAGGUAAUAGCAAGCGUAUCGUUGUCAACGUUAAAACACCGAAGGAGAAGAAAACAAUCGAGGUGGAUGAAGAUUCUGGAAUUAAGGACUUCAAACAACUUGUGGCGCAGAAAUUCGACUCUGAACCCGAACAGCUGGUACUAAUUUUUGCUGGCAAAAUUAUGAAAGACACCGAUACAUUAAAGACUCACAACAUUAAAGACGGUCUAACAGUUCAUUUGGUCAUCAAAGCACCUACAAGGGCAGCAGAACCUGCCGCUCGUCCAGCCGCUGAUGUACGUCAAACACCGUUUGGUCUUAACCAACUAGGUGGAUUGGCUGGUAUGGAAGCAUUGGGCGCAGGCACUGGGUCUUUUAUGGAUUUGCAAGCUCGCAUGCAAAGUGAAUUGUUAAACAACGGUGACAUGUUGCGCUCAGUACUUGAUAACCCACUAGUACAACAAAUGAUGAAUAAUCCAGAGAUAAUGCGCACUCUUUUCACCUCGAACCCGCAAAUGCAGGACUUAAUGCAGCGCAAUCCUGAAAUAUCGCAUAUGCUAAAUAAUCCAGAAUUGCUUCGUCAAACUAUGGAGUUAGCACGCAAUCCAUCUAUGUUGCAAGAGUUGAUGCGUUCGCAUGACCGUGCAAUGUCGAAUUUGGAAUCGGUGCCUGGCGGUUACAAUGCGCUUCAACGUAUUUACCGCGAUAUACAAGAGCCCAUGUUGAAUGCAGCAAGCGAUUCUUUCACACGCAAUCCAUUUUCCGGUCUAAUGGACAGUUCUGGCGGCGGCAUAAAUCCGCAGCAAGGCACGGAGAAUCGUCAACCACUACCAAAUCCGUGGGGCGGUACCGGUAAUACUAGUGGUACGUCUGGUAGUGGUGGUGCUGCGUCUGGUGCCAAUCCAGAUCUGCCGCCACGCGGCGUGCUUAACACGCCCGCCAUGCAGAGUCUUAUGCAACAAAUGUCUGAAAAUCCAUCGUUAAUGCAAAAUCUGUUAAAUGCACCUUAUACGCGCUCCAUGAUGGACGCAAUGGCACAGGAUCCAGAUAUGGCUUCACGUCUGCUCAGCACCAGCCCCCUAAUGGCUAAUAAUCCCCAACUGCAAGAUCAGGUGCGUCAAAUGAUGCCGCAGUUCCUUAAUCAAAUGCAAAAUCCCGAAGUACAGAAUAUGUUGACCAAUCCCGAAGCAUUAAAUGCAAUUAUGCAAAUACAGCAAGGCAUGGAGCAAUUACGUUCGGCGGCGCCCGGUCUGGUCGGUUCUUUAGGUAUACCACCACCAGCACCUGGCAAUACAGAAAGUUCCACCGGUACAACAACCUCAACUACAAACACCACGAGCGGCGGUGGCGAUACCAAUCGUCCCGCUACGGCACCUGGCGGCGGACCGAAUGCUCAACUCUUCAACGACUUUGUAUCACGCAUGUUGAACGGCGUAGGCAUGCAGGCUGACAACACGCAGCCGCCUGAGGUGCGCUAUCAGUCACAACUGGAGCAACUGGCGGCUAUGGGUUUCGCCAAUCGGGAGGCCAACUUGCAAGCGCUAAUUGCUACUUUUGGCGACAUAAAUGCUGCUGUUGAGCGGUUAUUGUCACUUAACCAAUUAUCUUUAAGUUAACAUCCUUAAUUUGAAAUUUUUAUUUAAUAAAAACACGAAAUGAACAACAAAAACAAAAUACAACUGCUGUUGCUGCUGCUAACUAGAUGGCCUAGAUACAAACCCCUUCGCUUUACCCUAAACAAAAAUUACUAAGUGAAUUACUAUUGUCCCAGCAAAUAACCUAUAUGAAACAUGAGAAAUUACAAAAAAAAAAGUACUUUGGGACUGCGGCAAUAUUUCGUGAAAUUACAAAAAAAAAAUGUAUACCAAAAGUAAAAGCGACACUAAAGUAAACAUGGAAAGUAUGAAAUAAGAGGGUAUAGAAGAAAAAUAAUUAUUAAAAUAGAAACAA